AUGAAGUUUGUGUGUGUUCUGUUGGCAGUGACGUGCUUGGUUGUAGCGGCGGCCGAGGAGUCUGCAACCAUCCUCACCAUCAGAAAAGCUAUGAAAGAACUCAAGAAGUUGGAGAAGGAAUAUAGCAGAGGAACGGUCACUGACAUAAUGAUCAACUCGCCCACCGUCAAUGACAUGAAGGAUUGUUGCAUUGCAUCGGCUCUCAAAUGCUUCGCAUCCAAAGUGAUUUACCUUCCCGUCAAUAACAAAAUGGCACAGAAAGUGAUUCACAGAGACCUUCUCAAAACCAAAACUAUUCUCAAUAAAGUGUCCAGCUGCAGCAACGAGACAGAGAAAGCCCAGUGCAAACCCUGUAACAUGUACCCGAUGGUUGAAGGAGUCACCUAUUUAGAGAACUUUCAAACUCUUCUGCAAAAGAUCUUCGUCAGACUGCAAUAGAGAUGAGUACAGUGAGAAAGUGUACAUGACACUACCACAGCAGAGUCUCCAAACUGCACCGCUGCUCCGAGACCCUGCUACCCUAUUUAUUACUUAUUUAUUGAACAUUUUCGUGAUUAUUUCCACCAGGAGAUCUGUUCUUGGAUUGUUGUUUUUGGGAACAGGGAAGCAAAUGUUUAGAUCUUGUUGAUUUGAAUGAAAAGUCUGUAGCACCACCUUGCGUCGAGAUAACACAACCCAUGUCUUAAAACCAUUCCUGGAAAGAAACUGUACGGUGGUUUCCCUGCCCAACAUGAGGCCCGAUGCAAAAAAACACAAGUGCUCUUUAAAAGAUAAGAUCUUUAACAGCAUCAUGCAUUCUCAAAACACGUUUAACCUUAACCUCCGUCUG